ACWCGACUUGUACGUAAUUUCGUAAAUCGUAUAAGCUUAUAACAAUAUUAUAUUUAAUAAUAAUAAUAAUAAUAACAAUAGUAAUACAACGACGAACUUAGGUUUUACGRUUUUCACUCCACCACUCUUCAGCAACCAGCCGGCAGCCCUGCAUCUAUAACGACCGAAGUCAUCGAACUGACGUUCUCGCUUUUUUCACGCUGCUGUUAGCUAGCAGUUACUUCGUUCGAGAUGGCCAUCUCAAACACAGUGGUAAUUCCAAGAAAUUUUAGACUACUUGAAGAGUUGGAACAAGGACAAAAAGGCGUGGGCGAUGGCACAAUUAGUUGGGGUCUUGAAAAAGAUGAUGAUAUGACUUUAACCCAAUGGACUGGAAUGAUCAUUGGACCACCUAGGACUCCUUACGAAAAUAGAAUGUACAGUUUAAAAGUAGAAUGUGGUCCUAUGUAUCCAGAUGAUGCACCUGUCGCUCGUUUCGUCACGCGCAUCAAUAUGAAUUGUGUGCAUAAUACAAGUGGAUUGGUAUGUUGGGUUAUAUAUAUUUAAUAAUUUUUUUCUUUA